AAUUUAGAAUGAUUGUUUAUAAGUUUUUUUUUGCGAUUGGAAUGAUUGUUUAUUAAGGAUAAGAUAUAUAUUACUAAUUUAUUAUAAAAAGUGUAUAGAAUCAAAGAUAAAUAAUUGAAAAGGCCAAUCUUUUUUAAUUCUUUCUUCUACCGCACCCGCGCGCUUCAUUGAAUUCUGAUCAGAAAAAGGGGAAUAAUUUAUCAUUCAAUGACUGAAUGAAAAGCCGAAAAUUUAUUCAAUAUUGAUUGUAAUUUCAGGAAAAAUGGCAAAGAGUUACUUCAAGCAAGAGCACGAUCUUGAGAAGAGGCGUGCAGAAGCUGCUAGGAUUAGGGAGAAAUACCCUGAUAGGAUUCCGGUUAUUGUGGAGAAAGCAGAGAGAAGUGAUAUCCAAAGCAUCGACAAGAAAAAGUACCUUGUUCCAGCUGAUCUGACAGUGGGACAAUUCGUCUAUGUCAUCCGCAAAAGGAUUAAACUGAGUGCAGAAAAGGCAAUCUUUAUAUUCGUGGAUAAUGUUCUUCCGCCAACAGGUGCAAUCAUGUCUGCUAUAUACGAGGAGAAGAAGGAUGAAGAUGGGUUUCUCUAUGUUACUUACAGUGGCGAAAACACAUUUGGGCACUAGAGCCUACCGUGGCCAUUGAUCUUUUACUUGCACUAUUUUAUAUAUAUAUAUAUAUAUAUUUUUUUUUUCAUCAUAUUUCAUUUUCCUGUUGCCAUCACCAUUGCCUUAUUCAAUGUAAUUUCGAGUAUUUUGCGUACAUGCAAAAACCGAGCUUCUAUUUUUAUUCUAUCCAAGGUAUAUAUAUGUGCAGGUUGAAACUCUUGUUUUUAGGCA